UAAACCCUACCAAACCUCUCUCUCUCUCUCUCGCCAUGGCUCGCUUCCUGCAAGCUGCUCGCAGAACGCUUUUGGGAUCUUCUUCCCAUUCUACCACCAAAACUCUAAUUCCCUCAAAAAUCUUCCCAAAAUGCCUUCCUCAUUCUCCUCUGUUUCACCUCCGGACUCGUCAAUACAUCGCAGAAAUGCGCAAAUCCGCUUUCGAAGGAAACAUCCUCAGAAUCCUCCGCACCGAAAUCCAAUACGAAUUAGAAUACGCUCCUCCCAAACAGCCUGUUACGGAAUUCAAUUCAUUCACGGUUGAAGAUAAGCCGGGAGAGCAAUGGAUCCGAUUGAGAGGUAAACAUGGUGAGAAGGAAGAGAUCAAAGUUGAAGUUACGAUGUUUGAUGGGUCCGUUCCUGCUGCGAGACUGGGUAAUGAUGGCAACAGUGAUGAUGUUAAGCUGCACAUCAGCUUGAUUGUUGAUGUCUUGAAGGGGGAGAAUUGCGACAAUGUCUUGGAAUUCAUUUGCUCGGCGUGGUCUGAUAGCUUGGAGAUUCAGAAGGUUUUCAUGCUUAAACGUGAUCAGAUGGCGGCAAAGCCUUACAUCGGACCUGAUUUUAAAGAUUUGGACGAUGAGCUUCAGAAUGCUCUCCAUGAAUUCUUGGAGGUGCGAGGGGUAAAUGAUGAUCUUGCUGUUUUCUUGCAUGAAUACAUGGUGAACAAAGAUAAAACUGAGCUUAUUCGGUGGCUUGGAAAUGUGAAAUCUUACGUUGAGAAAUAGUUGUUUUCUUUCUUGACAUCUAUUGAUUGUGUAUCCCUUUUGUUUGUCUUCCUGUUACUAUUUGUCGGCUUUCAAUAUAGCUUUCUUGUCUUGGAACUUACCUCUC